AUGCGUUUGAAUAUUUUUGCCAUAAUUGUUUUCGCGAUGUUAGGUCAAUCGGAGGCAGUUAUUCCAGAAUGUGAUUAUUUUGACACUGUGGAUAUAUCUCAUAUCCCAAAACUAAAUAACUCAUAUGCGUACGAGGGGCUAACCAUUCCUGCUCACCUCACGGGUCUAUACGCAUUUAGGCAACUGGCGGACGGAUCGCAGGAGCCAGUGAAGACUCAUUUGAGAGCGUGUAUCUGCAAACUGAAACUCUGCAUCCGAUUCUGCUGUCCCCGCAACAAAAUGUUGCCGAACAGUCGCUGUAGCGAUGGCCUCACAGAGAAUCUGAAGCGUUUCAAUCCGCACUUGAAGAUCACCUUGCAGGAUGGAUCGCAAAAAACAUAUCACCUUCUCACCGACAUGAUUGUUCUACGAAAUGAGUUUCGGUAUUGCGAAAAGGUUGUUACGGUGCAGCAAGAUCAGUACCAAUUAUAUGAGAAUGGCAGCUUUAUGAUCAGCCAAGCUGCAAACUGGACAUUGGGCAAGCAGUGGUACUGCCUCUAUCCCCGUUUCGAGGAUCUGAAUUUCAUAUGGAUUCUGGAACAUGUAUACAUACCUAGAUCGAUGCCAGCCGUUCCUCAGGUCGGUACUAUUUCCAUGGUGGGCUGUAUUCUCACAAUCACUGUGUAUCUCUAUAUAAAGAAGCUGCGAAAUCUGCUCGGAAAGUGCUUCAUAUGCUAUGUGUUUUGUAAGUUUGUGCAGUACCUUAUCUGGGCAGGAGGAGAUUUGAACUGGUUGAUUAACAUUUGCUCUCUAGCAGGUUACACUAACUAUUUCUUUGCUUUGGCUUCGCACUUUUGGCUCUCGGUUAUGAGCCAUCAUAUAUGGAAAAACUUGAGGUUGAUCAAUCGGGAUGACCCUCGCUAUCACUUUCUGGCCUAUAAUGUCUAUGGUUGGGGCACACCUGCCAUCAUGACGGCAAUUACAUAUCUGGUGGAUUGGGCUUGGGAGGAUAGGCCCGACAAACUGAACUGGAUUCCCGGUGUUGGCUUAUAUAGAUGUUGGAUAAACACUUAUGACUGGUCAGCCAUGAUAUACCUAUAUGGCCCGAUGCUAAUCUUGAGUUUAUUCAAUGUGUUCACGUUUAUCCUGACGGUGAUUCACAUAAGAAAGGUUAAGAGUAGCGUGAAAAAUUCUACCCAACAGCAGCAAAAGUGCAUGAAGAAUUAUGAUUUCUUACUAUACCUACGUCUGUCGGUGAUGAUGGGUGGGACUGGGAUUUUUGAGGUAAUAACCUACUUGGUCAAGCGGCACAAUGUUUGGCAGCAAGUCCUUCGGGUGCCGAAUUUUUUCCAUCUGGGUUCCGGUGUAAUCGUAUUUGUGCUGUUCAUUCUUAAGCGCAGCACAAUUCAAAUGAUUCUGGAGAGAAUCAGCGGCCCAAGAAGACAGCAAUCUGCAGCUCGAUCAAGCGAUAAAUAA